AUGUUCCAAUCAAGUAUAUACAAUAUUUAGAAAAGAAACAACGACAUAUUAUUACUUCCUAAACAAGAACAUAAAUAUACAAUAGUAUGGUUACAUGGUUUAGGAGAUAGUGCAUUAGGCUUUUCCGAUUUAUUUUUAUCAUAAUAGCAUAAUUUAUCAAAUCCCUAAACUAAAAUAGUUCUUUUAACAGCCCCUACAAGACCCGUGACAAUAAAUGGAGGAAUGGAAAUGACGAAGUUGGUACGAUAUAAAAUCUUUAGAUAAAUCCUGUAUUGA